AUGAAGGCGUCGUUGGUCCAGGUGGCUCUCUUGGCCGCGCUGUCCGCCGCCGAGCCGGGCAGCAACUACUACAUCGACUGCAGCGCCGCGGCGGCGGGAAACGGCACCUUCGAGGGCCCCUGGAACUCCCUCGAGGCGGCCAACCGGUUCACGUUUCGCCCCGGAGACACGCUCGCGUUAAAGUCCAAUGUGACGUGCACCGGCACGCUGCGUCCGCUCGGCAGCGGCAACGCGACGCACCCGAUCCGACUCACCUCGUACCCGCCAGACUCGAUCCUGGGCCCGCCAGUGAUCAACGGCAACGGAGCCAACUCGUCGCUACUACUGACGAACCAAGACCAUUGGCGCGUCUCGAAGCUGGCCCUGACCAACCCCGCGGCGAGCCUCGGCCGACGGCAGGGGAUCCUGGUCAUGGCCGACGACGGGGCGGCGCACUUUGGCAUAACCAUCGACCGCAACCACGUGUACGACGUGGCCGGCCAGACGAACAAGGCCAACUUUAGCGGCGACUUUGCCAACUCGGCGGGGAUCGAGCUGGGGGCUCUCAACGGCAGCACCUACGUCGACGUCUGGAUCCGGGACAAUUCCGUCAACGACUGCGGCGGGGGCGGCAUCAAGGUGCGGCCCGGGCAGAUGGACGUCAACGGCAGGAACAUUCGCGUGUCGCACAACGCCAUAGACGCCUGCGGCGGUGACGGCAUCCUCGUCUCGUACGCCGACGCGCCCAGCAUCGACCACAACGUCGCCUCCAACCUCGGCAAGGGCAGAUACCCCUGGACCGGCGGCAACUUUGCGGGCAUGUGGGUCAUGGCCUCGCACGACCCCGUCAUGCGUCACAACGUGGUGUACGGCAGCGUCAUGAGCCUCUUUGACAGCCAGGCCUUUGACUGCGACUGGGGCGUGUCGGGGACGUGCCUCGUCGAAUACAACUACAGCCACGACAAUGCCGGGGGCGCGUUCCUCGACUGCGACGGGUGCGGCGUCUCCCGGGGCGCGAAGCAGGUCGUCCGCUACAACGUCUUCGAAAACGACUGCCGCAUCGUCAGCGUCGGCGAGAACGCGUCCCUCGACUUUUACAACAACGUCAUGUACUGCGCGGAGGGGGACUUUGACAUGCGCGUCCCGCAAGUCACGCGCUUCGCCAACAACAUCUUUGUCGGACGGAGCAACGCGUCCCUGCCCGUCGCCAGCGGCAUCACGUGGGACAACAACUUGUUCGAGACGGUGAUGCCGCCGACCGAGGACGGCAUCGUGGGCGACCCCGGGUUCCUCAAGCCGCGGGCUUCGGGCGGGACCCUGGGCGCGGCGUUCGGCUACCGCCUGCGCGAGGGCUCGCCGGCGCUGGGCAGCGGAAAGGUCAUCGAGGACAACGGGGGCUACGACUACUUUGGCAACGCCGUUGAGGCAAAUGCGCGCCCCAACAUUGGGCCCUACAACGGCAAGGGCGUGGCGUAGGGUCUGUCCUGUCGUCGGAGUGGUAGGGUUGUAGUUUCGGCCCGGGCCUUGUUAGCUUGCC